AUGUCCGGCGUGAUGGCGAUGCCAGUGGCCACCCUCCGUGCGACCGCGACCACGCCAGUGGUUGCGGGCAUUGGACACGUGGCCCAGCCUGUUCCAGAGCGUGGUGCCAAGCUGGUGCUUUGCGCCGGUGCCUCCUUCCCCGAAGGCCGGAAGCUCCGUGUGGCCGUGGUGGGCGGCGGCCCGGCCGGCGCCAGCUGCGCCGACCAGCUGGCGAAGGAUGGCGUGGAGACCUUCUUGAUCGAGCGCAAGAUGGACAACUGCAAGCCCUGUGGCGGCGCGAUCCCCUUGUGCAUGAUUGAUGAGUUUGAUUUGCCCAAGGACAUCGUGGACCGUCAGGUGCGGAAGAUGACGAUGAUCUCCCCGACCAACAAGGAGGUCCAAAUCGGCCAGACCCUGAAGGACGAUGAGUUCAUCGGCAUGGUCCGACGCGAAGUCUUGGAUGACUUCCUACGCCAGCGCGCCAAGAAGAACGGCGCCACGCUCAUCAACGGCCUCUUCAUCGGCAUGAGCCUGCCACAGAACAAGGGCGACUCUUACCUUUUGACCUACAACGACUACGAGGGCCAGGAGGGCAAUGCUCGCAAGGGUGAGACGAAGACCCUGGAGGUCGAUGUGGUCAUCGGCGCCGACGGCGCGAACUCGCGCGUGGCCAAGGACAUCGAGGCCGGCGACUACGAGUACGCGAUUGCAUUCCAAGAGCGCAUGACCAUCCCUGAUGACAAGAUGGAGUAUUACAAGGACCGCGCUGAGAUGUAUGUGGGCGAGGAUGUUUCGCCCGACUUCUACGCGUGGGUCUUCCCGAAGUGCGACCACGUGGCUGUGGGCACCGGCACCGUGGUGGACAAAAAGGGCAUCAAGCUCUACCAGCAGGGCAUCCGCGACCGCGCCGCGCCGCGGAUCGAGGGUGGCAAGAUCAUCCGAGUGGAGGCGCACCCGAUCCCGGAGCAUCCGCGCCCUUGGCGUGUGAAGGACCGCUCCAUCCUGGUGGGCGAUGCCGCGGGCUACGUGACCAAGUGCUCCGGCGAGGGCAUCUACUUCGCGGCCAAGAGUGGGCGCAUGUGUGCCGAGACCAUUGUGAAGAAUUCCCAGCAGGGCGCCCGCAUGAUCGACGAGGCAGACCUGAUGGAGCACCUGCGCGAAUGGGACGGCAAGUAUGGCCCCACCUACCUGGUCCUCGACUUGCUCCAGAAGGUCUUCUACACCAGUGAUGCUGCCAGGGAGAGCUUCGUGGAGCUUUGCGAGGAAGAAUAUGUGCAGAAGGCGCAGAUCCGACGCAGAAACGGCGUGAGCGAACAAGGGGACGUGCGGAACGUGACCUUUGACUCCUACCUCUACAAGACGGUGCAGGGCAACGAUCCUGUGGGCGAUCUGAAGUUGGGCUGGAAGACCCUGAGCUCCUUGUACAAGUUCAACAACCAGAAGACCCCGGACCCCAUGCGCACUCUUGCCUAA